AUGUCAGACAACACCGCCAACGACGCGCCCUUAUUUUUAAGUAUUAACCCACCUCCCUCAACUGCCAACUCUGGUGACGUAUCAUUUUCCUUACGAAGUGGGGACCAGGCUGGCGAACAAAUAAAUUCACAGGUCGUAGUCGCAAGACUGAGAAAGCACCUUGAUGCUAUAUCUGCCCUUGUAAAAGAUGUCCAUGAAAAGUUAAACAAGGAUGUAUUGGAUUCGAAGGGUAUACAAGAUUCACUGAAAGAGAUUCAGUGCGAUGUGGAAAAAUUCUCAAGUUUGCAACAAUCGGCUCGUUAUUAUGCGUUGGCCGAUGAGAUAGAUGAACUCGGCGUUGGAAUAUGGAACUCGUCAAUCACCUUAAGAGCAAGUCAUGUUUCUGACGGAAUCGGAACUGGCGACGAGCUGGUAGCAUUAUUUCGUCAGGUUGGAUUUUUCAUGGUCAAAGCUGGAGCGGAAAUGAGCGCGGGGAUCGAGGCGAAAUCCGCGGUGAAAUUACUCGCACUAGCCAAUAAAGUUGGAAAGUCUUGGUUGGAUUGCGGAAGAAGCGACAAGGCCGACGAGUUACUGCGUUCAGUCACUUCGAACUCUGUGCACGAUGAAUCCAAUAUGGAUCUUGCCGAAAACGCUGUGAAUUUGUGCUUAGAGGAAAAUCCUAACGAUGUUUUGGCGAGCUCACUAAAGCUCAAGAUCAUGAAGCAAAGGAACUUGAACCCAAUACCGUUUGAAGAAGGAAUGGACAUUCUCAUCGAAGAAAAACUCUCGGACACAAGAAAUAGCGAUUAUAUCGAAAAGGCUAUUAUCUCAAAAUUCAAUAUCCUGGGGAGCAUUGAAUCGGCGGAUUUUGAACUCAACGAUGCCAUUAAGAGUAUUGAGGUAACACUUGGAUUCGAACAACGACACGGAAUUGUGAUCAGUCACAAGACAAAAGUAGCUUGUCAGAUGAAUAAACAAUACGAUCUUGCAAGAAAGUGGUACUUUGUUGCGUAUAAGUGGAUGGCGGCGGGUCAAGCGGAAGGUCGUAAUGCGGCGAUUUUGCAAAGGAAAAUUGCGUUGUGUUAUCUUGAAGUGCAUUUGCUCGCGGACGCAAUUGAUGCCGUUCAGCAGGCUCAAACGUACGAACACAAUUCGGCGGCAAACUUUUAUAUCUUGUAUCAUAUCGCCAUGGAGAGAAGGCAGAUGGAUCAAGGAGACGGUUUCCAUGGAGAUAUGCUCGCAAUGGCCGCCAACGAAGCCUACCAGCAAGGUCACAAGACGAUUCUCAUCGAGGCGUUGAAGGAAAUCCUAUCCAAGCAUAAGAGCGGUGAAGAUGUUGCUCACAUAGAUAUGCUUAAUACGAAUGACGCAUGGCUCACUUCUUCACGGAAACGAAUCCGAAAGGUUAACCUGCAGGUAUCACUAAAAGAUUGUAUAUGUGGUUACUUUGAGAUUGCCUUUAGUCUCAUUGAGUCGAACAAAAGCGAUAAGGUCGUCCAGCAGAACGAUGGGAACGAAAAUACAUUAAAACCGACCAAGACGCCUUUGAAAGAUCUCGAGUGGUUUUACAAGACCGCGUGGAAUAUGGGUUUGGAAUUUUGCCAGCAAGCGGACGAAGGUAGCGACCCGUUUGCCAUUCGAUUAUUCGAUAUCGUAUACAAGUUUCUCUGCGAGUAUCCGGAAGAAACACUCGAGCACACGAACCAAAAAAAAUUCACCAUCUUCGCCUCCCUGUGCGGUAAACUGUUUCUUGCACGGAGACAAGAAUCGUUAUCUCAGAGGAGAGAUUUACUGCAGUCAGCGCUGGAAAACAUUGAUCAAUACAAAAAAUUAAAAAAAGUAUUGGGCAAGCGAAAAAGGGACGAUGCUGAAGACAACCAAACGUCGACGCAAAGUGACGCGAUACUUGUCAUCCUAUUUGAGUUCGAGGCAAAAGUGAAGUUGGGACUUUGGAAUGAAUUGCAAAAAGUUCUUGAUGCAGCCGAGGCACAUGAUUUUGAAGUGCCACCGAAAAUUUUCGAGCGCAUGGCGGAAUUGUUGAUCCAUGAGAAUGAGUGCCCGAGUACAGGUAGAAGGUCAUGGGAUUUUUGUAUACAAUAA